AUGGAGAUUGGGGUAGGAAAAGUGGUCACAACACACAAGCCACAGACUGCUGCAUCCAGUCCCAUAAGAAAGAAAGGAUCCCUGCUCAUCCCUACAGAACAACGGCUUUCCUUUCUGAGGGCUGCUAAUGGAUGUCUGAGAGGGGAGAGGGGUCCAGAAAUUUGCCCAAAGGCCAUUCUGAGGAUCGGUUGGCAGAAAAGUGGUCAAAACACACAAGCCACAGACUGCUGCAUCCUGUCCCAUAAGAAAGAAAGGAUCCCUGCUCAUCCCUACGGAACAACAGCUUUUUCCAUUCUGAGGGCUGCUAAUGGAUGUCUGAGAGGGGAGAGGGGUCCAGAAAUUUGCCCAAAGGCCAUUCUGAGGAUCGGUUGGCAGAAAAGUGGUCAAAACACACAAGCCACAGACUGCUGCAUCCUGUCCCAUAAGAAAGAAAGGAUCCCUGCUCAUCCCUACGGAACAACAGCUUUUUCCAUUCUGAGGGCUGCUAAUGGAUGUCUGAGAGGGGAGAGGGGUCCAGAAAUUUGCCCAAAGGCCACUCUGAGGAUCGGUUGGCAGAAAAGUGGUCACAACACACAAGCCACAGACUGCUGCAUCCAGUCCCAAAAGAAAGAAAGGACCCCUGCUCAUCCCUACAGAACAACAGCUUUUUCCAUUCUGAGGGCUGCUAAUGGAUGUCUGAGAGGGAAGAGGGGUCCAGAAAUUUGCCCAAAGCCCAUUCUGAGGAUCGGUUGGCAGAAAAGUGGUCACAACACACAAGCCACAGACUGCUGCAUCCAGUCCAAUAAGAAAGAAAGGAUCCCUGCUCAUCCCUACAGAACAACGGCUUUCCUUUCUGAGGGCUGCUAAUGGAUGUCUGAGAGGGGAGAGGGGUCCAGAAAUUUGCCCAAAGGCCAUUCUGAGGAUCGGUUGGCAGAAAAGUGGUCACAACACACAAGCCACAGACUGCUGCAUCCAGUCCAAUAAGAAAGAAAGGAUCCCUGCUCAUCCCUACAGAACAACGGCUUUCCUUUCUGAGGUUGAAGAGGGAAAGAUGAAGGCAGAAGCAGUACCCAGUCCAAUCUGUAAGGGCAAAUGGGACCAGGAAUAUGUGCCCGGGAGAGC